AUGGCGACUGCAACUGAAAUCCAUCUAAACCCAUUGACAGAUGCCGGGAUCUUUAGCUUAAACGUCACUGAUGAUGGGGCCAGAGCAGCGAGCGAAGUCCUGCAAGAAGACAUGGAAAACCACCACGUGUUCUUUAAUGACGACGGAUUCCAUAAUCACAUCACACAUCACAUCCUAAGCAUGUACGCGGUCGGCGCAAAGUCCGAUGAGAUCAGGGCCGCCUUUAGAAAGGAUAUGAGCUAUCAGAGACCUGCCUUUCCCACUGACCGAGCUGUGGUAAAGGGGAUGUAUGACAAGGCGAAGUUCAUGGAAAGCUUCCAUGAUGACAAGCAGUAUCCCAACUAUUUGGCCUUUUUCCAGGAGGAAAUUGAUCUCAAGGGAGUUGGUGAUGUGCUGAACGAGUAUGUUUUUGCUGGGGAUGAUCGGGCAGAGAGUAUGCUGUGUCGACUAUUUGGCGGCCUCAUCCACCCGCUGAUCCACCUCGGCUUUGGAAUUGAAUUUAACCAGCCUGCUAUUGUGGCUCAGGCACUUGCUCAAGCCGCGGUUCAUGAUGAAUGGAUGGGUCCUGCUUUCUUCCUCCCUGUGGAGAAACUGGCCGGUGGAAUUGGAAAGCCAGGCAAGAAGUCUCUUCUACAGCUGCUGGAUGAGAUUCGAGAUAACAAGGCUUUGAGAGAGAGUGCCCAUUGGUCUGAUGCGAAUAAGAUGAGAGAUGGGGUGUUGCACCGUGCUCCGAAUGAAAUGCUCAAGAUCGCUGCGCAAUACACCGUAUCGGAGGAUCAGGUGGGAGAGCGAUUGGCGGAUAUGAUCAAUAACGUUGUUUACUACACGAGCACCGCACAACGUCGUGACAAGGAAGUCAAAUUCGACUUCUUCUUAAUGCAUGGCCUCAACUCAUCGAUCUUUUUCACUAAAUUCAUUCAGCUUCCGUACUUGACCCCAAAGACCAAACUCCGUCUUCUGGAAUGGAAGGGACGUCUUGAUCUGCUGUUGUACGUGUCGCGAGCCUCGCCAAAUCUCCUCCCGGACGAGGUCAUUCGAUACCCCAUGAAGAAUGAUUGGCCUGCGCUCUUCGCCCAUUGCGUGACACAUCCCGGCGAUGACGGCCAUCUGGUGAAGAUGGUACGAGCCCUGGCAAACGGAGAGAAAGUGUGUCGGCCAUACGAGAGUCAGGGUCCGCAGGUGAUGCCCAUUUCCGGAGAUAUGUGGCUUCGGAUUGGAAACAUGGCUAUCGACUCCACUGUUGAGGACCCGAUGUGGGUACGAUCCACCGGGUUCGAUGAGGCUUGGGAGCAUCUACCGGGGCGAGCUCAUCUGAGAUAUUGA